AUGGACAGUUCAAGUGAAACCGGAAGCGACAGUGAUUAUUUCGAUGAUGCAAACAGCGGUUCGGAAACGGGAGAUGGCGAAAGCCAAACAUCCGACGAUGAUGAUGAAAUUGAUUUAGAAAACCUAAAAUUAGACGAUGACUCCACAUGGAAAAGUUCGUAUACUUCCCGUUCUGGAAUGAUUUGGUCCUCAACUCCUCAUCAUUCAACGAAAAAUGAUUUUUCGAAUGAUGUUAUUCAAAAAGCUGGUCUUACAAAUACCAGUGAAAAUAUUUCAUCUGUCGAAGAUGCAUUCAUGUGUUUUAUGCCAAACAAACUUCUGGAAAAAAUCUUGGAUUAUUCAAACUUGGAGUAUACUCACAAGAAUACCUCCACGAAAAAAAUUGAAGAAAUAACACUCAUAGAAUUGAAAGCAUUUAUUGGACUUUUAUUGCUUGCUGGUUUAUUGGGGAAAUCGAAGAUCGAUCUGAAAUGCUUAUGGAGAAGAAGUCCAUUAGAACCGCCAAUAUUCAAAGCCACUAUGUCAAGAACUCGUUUUCAGGAUAUUAUUUCUUGUUUGAGAUUUGACGACAAAAGAACAAGGGAAGAAAGAAAACGAACAGAUAAAUUUGCAGCAAUUCGUGAAAUCUGGUCAUAUUUCCAAAAUUGCUUACAAACAUGUUACACACCGGGAUCAAAUGUUACUAUUGAUGAACAACUACUAGGAUUUAGAGGAAAAUGUUCCUUCCGUCAAUAUAUGCCAAAAAAGCCUGACAAAUACGGAUUAAAAUUUUGGCUAUGCGUUGAUGUGGACUCACAUUAUGUAUUCAAUGCAUUUCCUUACGUUGGACGACAACCGAAUGAGCAAAGACAAACACAGAUAGGUGCCAAAGUCGUUCUAGAAUUACUCAAACCACUUUACGGCUUCCAAAGAAACGUUACAAUAGAUAAUUUCUUCACAAGUGUUCCAUUAGCCCAAACGCUUCAAACAAAGAAUCUGACUCUUAUAGGAACACUGCGAAAAAACAAGUCAGAAAUACCUAUCGAGUUUCAAUCCAACGAAAAUCGUGAAGUGGGUUCUUCGCUCUUUGGUUUCCAAGAUGGUUUAACCUUAGUUUCAUUUGUCCCAAAACAGAAUAAAGCUGUUUUAUUGCUCUCCUCAAAACAUCACGACAAUCAAGUGGACAAUAAAACUGGAAAACCGAUCAUUAUAUUGGAUUAUAACAAAACAAAGGGGGCUGUCGAUACUGUUGAUCAAAUGUGUCAUAAAUACACGGUAAAAAAUAUUUCAGUAUUUCUAUAGCUUAUUUUACUUUUCAGGUAAAACGAGGUACAAAGCGAUGGCCAGUUUGUAUUUUCUAUGGGAUGAUAGACAUUGCUGCCAUAAAUGCUCUGAUUGUCUGGAAAGUGAAAAAUCCUCAAUGGAAUCAGAAUACAAAUCAUAAACGUCGAUUAUUUUUGGAAGAAUUAGGAUUAGCACUGGUAUCGCAUCUGUUGGAUUUUCGUUCGAAGAACUCGAAAUUUUUGAACACAGAUAUUCUAAAUGCUUUAGCAAUCGUCGGUUAUCCUGUGUCGAAGAACGAUCCGGCAGAAGCGAAUGAAAAUCCCACUCAACCAAAACGAAAAAGGUGCUCCAUUUGUGAACGUUCUACGGACAAGAAAACAUCAAUUCAAUGUUUCAGUUGUUCUUCGUUCGUUUGUAGUGAUCAUUCUGUCAAACGUGUCUUUUGUAUUAAUUGUUCUAAAUAAGGAACAUCGUUCUCAUUUUUUUUCUAUAGAAUAAAACAAGAAAAGGUCAGAUCUUACGAAAAUAUUGGCUGAAAAGUAAAAGGAUUAUUAAAAAAGAACACAUGUCAUCAAAAUCACGGUUAAAAGAGGCCGGUACUCCAAGGGUUAAGCAAGAUUGGUUUUUUAGACUCAAAAUUGUUCGUGUUUUUGUUUAAUUUGAAGUGAUUUCUGAUUAAUUUUUCGUUUUAAAGUUUUUGGUAGAUCAUUCGGUUAUUACAUGAAUUCAGAUAUUUAUAAUAUUUUUCAGAUAUAAUAGAUGGGUGUGGGUGUG